AUGGUCGUGAUUGACGUCUCGAAGCAGCUGAAAAGCUUCCUGACGGACUCGGCUGUUUUAAAUCAUUUGCCUCCGGAGCUGCUUGAUAUUAUCCGGCAACAAUCAACAGCUAAGUUGUUGGACGCCGUUGCGCAAGCUGCUCUCUGUCCGCCACUUACAGAGCAGUAUGCCUCCUCCGCACAGCUGUCGCUUCCCAUGUUCGAUGAGGUUUUCUUGUCAGCUCUCGGCGAGCACGAUCUGCUGGAAAGUCUCAUCACGGUAUGGAGACUGUUGAAUUUGGAUUUGCGUACUUACAGCCCUAUCGCAUCCACCUCGUAUAUGCAAGAACUCUUCAUCCAUGAAAGUCGGCCAAUCCGAUACCUCGCCAUCCGAAUAUUCUGCUUGCUUUUGCAUUCAUCAGACUUCAAACUCGAGCGCCUAAUCCUCCAACAUAUCGGCAAGGGCGACUCAGUCCUUGGACACGUCGAUGGCGUCGCUGUCGAUUUCGCCUUUCUCCCUUUAUAUGAACAUGACCGAGCACAAAAAGUUCUUGCUCUACGAAGGCAUGUCUCCGAUAACGCUGGGACUCGUGGCGAGAAAGAAGUCUUUCAAAGCCUAACGCCCUAUGUCAUCUCUUAUGGAGACGUUUUACUUCCUCGACCUCACGGACCGAUUGCGGAGCCGUCACGUCUGGUGAUGACGAGCACCACGACCAAAAACUUGGAACGGCUGGCGACUUUGUUACGAACUGAAGACCCUGUACUUAUUUGCGGAGCAAAUGGAGCGGGUAAAACGUCCCUCGUGCACGAAAUCGCUACGCAACUCGGCAUGCAUUCCAGUAUGGUCACUCUGCAUUUGAACGAACAGACUGAUGCAAAGAUGCUUAUCGGGCUGUAUUCAACAAAUAGCAAACCUGGAAGUUUCCAGUGGCGUCCUGGCGUCUUGACGACAGCAGUGAGGGAGGGUCGCUGGGUGCUGGUCGAGGAUCUGGACAGAGCACCCACAGAGGUGCUUAGCACACUCCUUCCUCUCAUUGAGCGCAAAGAGCUUCUUGUUCCCAACCGUGGUGAGAGAAUCAGAGCUGCAAAUGGCUUCCGGCUUUUUGCCACCAUUCGAACUUCAAGGGGGAUGCAUGGCCGUGAGAACCUCGCCUCCUUUGUCGGCAUGCGGUUCUGGCAGACGUUGCACGCCAAUCCCCUUCCUCCACCUGAGCUCGAAGAGGUCGUCUUGAAUACUUAUCCUAUGCUGCGGAAAUUUUUGACCGGCAUUCUGGCCGUCCAUGACCGGCUCAGGCAACUGGGGAGUAAUGCUAGCCUUCAUGGAAGAAGCGUGAUGGAUCGGCAAGUGAAUCUCCGUGACCUCCUAAAAUGGUGUCGGAGGCUAAAGGAGUGUCUUUUGCUGGCUGGCUCAAGGACUGGUGAGGAGCUCAUAAGUGAGACAACACGAGACUGGAUGUUUAUGGAGGCCAUGGACUGCUUUGUUGGCAGCUGUCCCGAUGUUGAGCUGGGGAAGCAUCUGACAUACGCAAUAGCUGAGGAGAUGCACAUGUCCAAAGAUCGGGCAGAUCACUACCUGACUGCUAAUAUACCCCCUUUGGACGAAGCUGACCGCGUUUUCAGUAUUGGCAGAGUUCAGCUGCUGAAGAAGAAGAAGCUAUAUUCUAGAUUGCAAAAAUCCAAGCGCCCAUUUGCAAGCACGGCACACGCCAAAAGACUCUUGGAACAAAUCGCUGUAGCCGUGAAACUCGAGGAGCCCGUGCUUUUAGUUGGCGAAACGGGUAUUGGCAAGACGACUGUUGUGCAGCAGCUCGCGGAAUCGCUAGGCCAUAAGCUGAUUGCCGUGAAUCUUUCGCAGCAGAGCGAAGUUGGCGAUUUACUCGGGGGAUUCAAGCCCGUCAAUAUCCGCAACCUGGCAGUUCCCUUGAAAGAGGAGUUUGAAGACUUGUUUGCGGCUACCGGUAUUUCGUCAUCCAAGAAUCAGAAAUAUCUGGAGCAAAUCGGUAAAUGUUUUGCCAAAUCACAGUGGUCCAGGCUCUCGAAGCUGUGGAAGGAAGCGCCAAAGAUGUUCGUCAAGAUUGUUACCGAGUUGGAGCAUGUUCAUGGGGAGCAGGGCGACUCCCAGGAUGGCAGUGAGCAGCCCCCCAAGCGUCGAAAGACACAAUCCAAACUUCAAACACUGUCCGAACUACGGCCGCGCUGGGAUUCAUUUGCUCAAAACUUGGACCAAUUUGAUGUUCAAGUAUCUGGUGGAUCCGGUGCGUUUGCGUUUAGCUUUGUUGAAGGCAACUUGAUCAAAGCUGUACGCAACGGCGACUGGGUGCUGCUGGACGAGAUUAACUUGGCCUCUGCCGAUACCUUGGAGAGCAUUGCGGACCUGCUCACCGGUCCCUGCGAACGUCCCUCAAUCUUGCUGUCUGAAACCGGGGAAAUCGAAAAGAUUGUGGCGCACCCCAACUUUCGCAUAUUUGGUGCCAUGAAUCCUGCAACUGACGUUGGCAAAAGAGACUUGCCCAUUGGGAUUCGCUCUCGCUUUACAGAGCUUUAUGUGAAAAGUCCUGAUAGCGACUUGAAAGAUCUUCUCAACAUUAUUCAAACGUACAUGGGAGGCGGAAGCACAAGGGCUGAUCAUGCAGCUGAUGACAUUGCCCGGCUUUACCUCAACACCAAACGGAUGGCUGAGGAAAAGAGAUUGGUUGACGGUGCCAACGAGGUUCCUCAUUUCAGUUUAAGAACGUUGACCAGGGUUCUCAGCUAUGUCCGUACAAUAGCUCCUCUUUAUGGCUUGCGCCGUGCUCUAUACGAAGGAUUUUCUAUGGGAUUCCUGACCCUCCUUAAUCGCGAGUCUGAGCAAAUGCUAUUGCCGCUCAUCUACCAUCAUCUUUUAGACAAACAUGGCAACCCGCAGUCCCUUCUUUCUCAGCCUCCAAAGCAUCCCAACGACGGUCGUCAAUACGUCAGAUUUGAGAAUCAGAAACGCGAUCGCCACUACUGGCUCUUUCAGGGGGAAGGGACGCCAAUCAAACGCGACGACUACAUCAUUACCCCCUACGUCGAACGAAACCUCCUCAACCUGGUCCGAGCAACUUCGACGAGGCGAUUUCCCAUCUUGAUUCAAGGUCCGACAUCCGCCGGCAAAACAAGUAUGAUUGAGUACUUGGCCAACUUUACAGGCAACAGGUUCGUCCGUAUUAACAACCACGAACAUACCGAUCUUCAGGAGUAUUUAGGUACAUACAUAUCCGGAUCGGAUGGAAAGCUGAGGUUUCAGGAAGGUCUCCUUGUCCAGGCUAUGCGACAGGGCCACUGGAUAGUCUUGGAUGAGCUCAAUUUGGCACCUACAGAUGUCCUCGAAGCUCUCAAUCGACUAUUGGAUGACAAUCGAGAACUUCUCAUCCCCGAAACGCAGGAGAUAGUACGGCCCCAUGAGAACUUCAUCUUGUUUGCAACCCAAAACCCACCUGGUUUGUACGGAGGUAGGAAAGCCUUAUCGCGAGCUUUCCGAAACCGAUUUUUAGAAUUGCACUUUGAUGACAUUCCCGAGGAUGAACUUGAGUACAUUCUCCAACAGCGAAGCCGGAAUACGUCGCCUCCUGACUGCAAGCGUAUCGUGACGGUUUACAAAGAGCUUUCUCGACUCCGUCAAACUAGCCGUCUGUUUGAGCAGAAGGAUAGUUUUGCCACACUGAGAGAUUUGUUCCGAUGGGCAUUGAGAGAAGCUGACGACAGGGAGCAGAUUGCUGUUCACGGUUUCAUGCUCCUUGCGGAACGCGUUCGUGUCGAGGAGGAGCGUAUCGCUGUCAAAGAGGUAAUAGAGAAGGUCUUCAAAGUCAACUUGGACCUCGAAAGUUUGUACUCCGCCACGAGCGCCCCUGAACUUAAGAAUCUGACAGCGAGACAAAACGCGCAAGGCGUUGUGUGGACGUAUGCCAUGAGGAGACUAUAUGUUCUGGUGUCUCGAGCUCUGAAGAAUGACGAGCCUGUUCUCCUUGUCGGUGAAACUGGAUGUGGCAAAACAACUGUAGUUCAGCUACUCGCAGAAGCCCUUAGCAAAGAGUUGCGCAUUGUUAAUGCCCAUCAAAACACUGAGACAGGGGACCUUAUUGGUUCACAGAGACCCGUGCGAAACCGUGGUGCCAUUCUGGGCUCGAUCAGUUCAGACUUGGCCAUGAUUUUCGAGCAGAUUGGCCACCAGGUCGCCGAUUCGGUAGAAGAAAUGUUGAAAGAAUACAACUCCCUGGACCCGGCAAUCAAGGAUAGUAUCCCGCAGACGAUUCGCGACCGCCUGAGGGCGAAUGAAAUAAGGUCAAAGGCCCUUUUCGAAUGGUCGGACGGCGCACUAGUUGAGGCCUUGAGAAGUGGCCAUUUCUUUCUGUUGGAUGAAAUAUCACUUGCCGACGAUUCCGUCUUGGAGCGGUUGAACUCCGUCCUGGAACCUCAAAGGACACUACUUCUGGCGGAAAAAGGCGUCGACAACUCAUAUGUGGUGGGGGCUCCCGGGUUCCAGUUCUUCGGUACAAUGAACCCAGGGGGCGAUUUCGGCAAGAAGGAGCUUUCUCCUGCACUUCGAAAUAGAUUCACUGAAAUAUGGGUUCCGCCUUUGUCCACGAGCGAAGAUAUUCACGACAUUGUUGAAGCAAAGCUUGUGGACAGAUCUAAGCACCUCGUCGAUGCCAUGGUUGAAUUUGCCCAAUGGUUUGCUCAAACAUUUCGCCCCAUGGCCAAUGGUACCUUCUCUAUCCGCGAGAUUCUUGUUUGGGUUCAAUUCAUCAAUACUUUCGAAAUGACCAAUCCACUGGUAUCCUUUGUUCACGGCGCCGCCGCCAUAUUUAUCGACAGCAUUGGUGCCAAUCCAUCUGCCAUGGUGAAUUCAGACCCAAAGACGGUCAGCUGUCAAAGGGAGGAAUGCAUCAGGAAACUCGGAGAACUCAUCGGGCAAGAUGUUUCCCACAUUUACAACGCUGAACCAGCUGUCGUGCUUACCGAUGGCAUGCUGUCGAUAGGGGACUUCAGCAUACCUCGAACUGCAACGGGAGCUGCCGAUCCGGCAUUUGCCUUCCAUGCCCCUACCACACGGCUCAACGCCAUGAGAGUGGUUCGUGCACUACAGAUGCAGAAGCCGAUCUUGCUAGAGGGUAGCCCUGGUGUUGGGAAGACUACUUUGGUUGCGGCACUGUCACGAGCAUGCGGUCAACCGUUAACCAGAAUCAACUUGUCCGACCAGACGGAUCUGAUGGAUCUGUUUGGCACGGAUGUGCCAGUCGAAGGUGAAGAGGCUGGGAAUUUUGCAUGGAGAGAUGCGCCAUUCUUGCAAGCCAUGCAAAGAGGCGAAUGGGUACUCUUGGAUGAAAUGAAUCUUGCGUCACAGUCUGUACUGGAAGGACUGAACGCCUGCCUUGACCACCGUGGUGAGGUUUAUAUUUCCGAGCUGGACCAAGUUUUCAAGAGGCAUCCAAACUUCCGUCUUUUCGCAGCCCAAAAUCCACAUCACCAGGGAGGUGGUCGCAAAGGUCUUCCAGCUUCAUUUGUCAACCGGUUCAUCGUCGUAUAUGCAGACAUCUUUCAGAAUGAGGACCUGAAGCUCAUUGCAUCCCACAAUUACCCGAAGCUGAGUGACGAAGUCAUUACCCAACUGAUUGAUUUGGUGUCCGAGAUGGAGCGACAAACCGUGGUAGUCAAGACAUUCGGAGCUAGUGGUGGGCCAUGGGAGUUUAACCUUCGAGAUGUGCUGAGAUGGCUGCAUCUACUGGAUUCCUCAGACCCUGUGCUUCAGAUUGCCGUAAUGGACGACUUCUUCGAUCUCAUAGUCAGGCAGCGAUUUCGCACGCCCAAGGAUCGAGCAGAGGCUGAUAGACUCUUCACCCGGAUCGUCGGUCGAGAACCACGGGCUCAUAAUCUUUACCGCAACCUAAACUCAAGGUUCGGUCAAGUAGGCUUUGCUUUGUUGCCCAGGAAUCUCACUGUGCAGCCUGAGCGCCUUCCGAACAUUGACGUGGUUCCCAGGCUUGCCGAAUUGGAAUCGAUCAUGGUAUGCGUCAAGCAGAAUAUCCCAUGCAUUUUGAGCAGUCCGUCGGGAUACGGCAAAUCGUCCUUGCUGAACUACAUUGCCGCGUUGUGUGGUAAACCCCUCGUGGUAUUUCCCAUGAAUGCUGAUAUCGACACCAUGGAUCUUGUUGGCGGUUUUGAGCAGGCCGAUCCGCUUCGAGAGGUCAACACAGCCUUGAUUGACCUUCGCGAAUGUCUACAGGAAUCAAUCAUGUCCCUGGUUCCCUCUGCGGUGCCAGUUGAGGCACUAAACCUGGUGCAUCUUCUUGACGCACAAAAUGGCGAUCACGAAAGUCUGUCGGCCGUUCUUACCGCCAUUGGCAAUCUGCUGGAACAGAUUCAGCCCGACUCCGACGCUGGCAUCGCGGCUAUCAGGGCGAAGAAGUUGUUGGAAGGCCCACUAGUUCUCGCCAACCCUCGGUUUGAAUGGCUGGACGGUGUCAUUGUCAAGGCUCUUGUUACUGGUCAGUGGUUAGUCUUGGAUAACGCUAAUAUGUGCAACGCAUCAGUACUGGAUCGACUCAACUCUCUGCUGGAGCCAAAUGGAUUCCUGAGUAUCAAUGAACGUUGUGAAUCCGAUGGCAAGCCAAGGAUCAUCAGACCCCAUCCUGAAUUCAGAAUUUUCUUGACCGUGGAUCCUAGAUAUGGGGAACUGUCUCGUGCCAUGAGAAAUCGAGCCGUCGAAAUUCACAUGCUCAACCCUCCGCCAGCUGCUCCUUCGUGCCUGCUCAGAAUUGCCCCCGUGGAAGGUGGGCUUCAAAGAUUCCACGACUUGCGCCUGUUGACCAACACCGCCUCGGGCGGCGCAGCGUCAACCAGUGCAUCCAGAGUAGCUGUGGAUCACCUUUCUAUGGAAGACCUGUCAUUGCUUCCUCGUUUUGUCGAGACACCCUUGGGAGCGGACGUCCAAAGCAGAGAUUUAUUAGAAGAAUCAAAAUCGGUGCUUGGCUUUUUCCAGACCCCCAACGGUUGUCAAAUCCUGCGCAGCGUCAUGCAACUAUACGCAACAUUGCCACCGUCUGGCACGGCAGGUUAUCCAGAUGCACAACCAAUUCACAUGCUAAACAACCAAGUUGUUGCCAAACUACUACCAGACGAUACGUUGGCGCCUUGGGCGGCAGUACGUUACGAGACCUCUCUUCGACUUCAUCGUGUCCGCGUAGCUAUCCAGCAAUUUCAAAGCCAGGCACAGGCAACCAGACUGGCUGCAUUGAGCCGUUUGCAGCGCUCCCUCGUUAGCCAGCGAGUUGCUGCUGUGUCGAAAGACUCGACUGUCAAACUCGGUGUCUUUUUCUCAUCAAUCAUUGAUUCGAUGGAGAGCUUCAUGGAGCACCUUCCACACUCGCGUGACAAUUUCUUUUCUCGCCUUCAACUCUUUGAAAUACUUUGUCUUUUUCUGGAACAGACCCUUUCCCUUACUUCGGGGCCAGAUUUUGAUGAAGCCUUGUUCCAGGCGCACAUCUCCCUUGGCACGAAGAAGCUGUUGUCAUUCCUCGAGGUCAUGAAAACGGAGAAAGAUUCCGCUUUCAUCUUACUAGCUGUCAGCCAAGUAUCAGGCAGCUUCAACAAUGGUUUCCAGUUAUGUACCGGCUUGAGCAUGGAAAACUUGUGGAACGCCUUUAAACCCCUUCCCAUACCCACGCAGCCUGCUUUGGACCAGUGCAUCGCACUUAAUCACCUUAGUAGCAGAUUCGAUGCCCUCCGCUGGAGAGUGUCAUCGUCUAUUACCAAUCUAUGCAAAGCACAGGAAGCGCUGGCAAAGGCGUAUGCAGUCGUGAAAUUUGGCAAUCCUUCUAGUGAUCAGCUCAUCAAAGAUCUCACCGAUGCCGUUGAAGAACUGGAGUCAGGCAUCGGUCACGAGUCUCGGGAGACAGUUCCCUUCUUCGCAACAAUUUUUGAACAUCUCAGACAAUUGAGGUUGCUUGGAGCGCUGACCAAAGAAUUUCAAGUGCCCAGGCCAGAGAGCGAGCUGGUUGUCUUGGCAAACGUACCUACCAAGGCUACAAUGAUGUUCGCCUGCGCUUCUGAAAACGCUCUGAGACUCCAAUCCAUAGACUUCCUGACAUGUCAAAACAACUUUACUUGGAAUGGCACAAUGGUCACAACGCUUUGGGAGAAACUUGGCAAGCUGAGGAGUGUUAGCUUGAGCUCCUUGGCCCUUCUAGAAACAGAAUUACCAAUUCUUGGCCAGCAGUUAGCCAGUCUGACUUCUCAAAUAACAGCAGAUCCUGUAGCAGAGCUCAACGAGCUGCUUUGGAAUUUACUGCUCGACACGUUUGGUGCACACAGCUCGCAACUCAAAGCUGAACUGUCAAAUUGUUUCACGCGCACAGAAAACGACAUUGCUACCAUUCUACGCACCGCACAGGACGGUCUCCUGUCGGCUGACGGCUUCUUCAACGAGUUCAUCCAAGCUAUCGAUGCUGCUCAUCUUCGAGAAGUUGCGUUGGAUCAUUUUGUUCCUGUAACUAUCAGUUUAGCCGCCGCCAAGGUCGAUUCAAAGAAAGCCACUUACUUCUCUUCCCUCGCAUGGCUCCAUUUUAGCAUCAGUCUCGUUAAGCUUUACGUCCCAGACAGGAUCUUUGAUCCACAGCUGCAACCAAAGGCCGAGCUCAUGUUCUUCAGGCAACUAGAAUCAUCACUGCAUGAAAAGCUAGACGCCCUGAAGGAAUUCCAGAACGGCUUUACGGGGCAAACCAUAAGUGCAAGGAUUGAUCUGGUACAGUCGCAAAUUGAUCAGCUCGGUCCUCCGCCCAAACUGGUCCGGCCUGCUUUUCGCCCAGAGAGGUCUGAGCUCAGCCAAGUACAUGCUGAAUUUGUCAACAUUCUGAGAAUAGUCACUGGCCCAGGCUUGCAACCAGCCAUGCGCGCUCCCAGUCUGAAUUGGGAUGCCAGCGAUGAAGGAAGCUUGAGAGUUGUUCGUGAAAACAUCUGUCGCCUUAUCGAUCGACUGUCUUCCCGUUUCGAGGUUUAUCAGGAUGUGGUGCAGCCCACCGUCAAUAUCCUUCGAUGUCUUUUGGUUGGACUUUCUCUUUCUGACGCCACUCGGGCCAAGUCGUUGGAGGCAUCAACGAAGCACUUGAUCGAUGUUACGCCCUUUUUCGGUUCCAACAUCCGGAAAUUCCCCCCGAGGAAUCUUGAAACCAAUACGUUUGAGUUUCUCUCUUUAAUGAGCCUGAACGUAUCCAUCAACGGGCUCGAGGCCUUUUCCUCAGCCGAUCGAGAAGCAGUAUUUGGUUGCUUUCAUGGCUUCUACAAUGAUUGGAACAGAAAACUGGAUGCUGACAGAAAGGAGGAAGCCGCCAAGACCAGCAUUUACAGGUUUCGCGGCGCCUUGGAAGAUGAAGAGGAGCUUGACGCGAAUGAAUUCAACGAACUGUUUCCGGCCUUUGAUGAGGAAGAUUCUACCUCUCGGGGAGACACAAAGCCAGAUUUUGUCCGAAACAUAUCGUUAAUGGUAGCGGACGCACAUCGCAAAAUCUUCCUCGAACGACAAACGCCCUCGGCGGCUUUUCGUGAAUGUUGCAUGAGCAUUGGCCAGCGUAUCGUAACUGAGCUGUCAGGUGAAAGUAACGUCGAUCGAAAUACCAACUCCAGCAUGUUGGCGAGUACACUUGUUUUCCUGAGUGAAAAGACCGACGAACUGCAGCUUACUGUGCCAGACAAGGGAUAUAACUUCUACAAGAACGCAAACUUGACCGAAGCGAGGCAGCUGGUUAGUCUGGUUCUCCGAAUCAAAGCGCGCUUCCGCGAACUGCAGCAGAUUGACGAGAUUGCACAUUUACAACCGUUGGCGGAUGUGAUUCAAUCAUGCGACAGGCUGUUGGAGCAAGUCAACGGGGAACCUCUAGCCAAGCUUUUACCCAAGGUUGAACAGCUUCAUGCCCAUGUAUAUGAAUGGCAAUUCGGUGGGUGGGCCAGCAAGACUCAUGGUGUCUUGCCUCUCCACGAUUCAAUCACGGAUACAAUCAUUCGAUGGCGACGACUCGAACUCUCAACGUGGGCGAACCUCUUCGACAUGGAACAGAAGAAGUGUAAAGAAGACGCUUAUUCCUGGUGGUUUGUUUCCUAUCAGGUUGUUAUCGCGAUGCCCUUGACAAUGAUGGAGUCGCCAUCCGAGCUGCAAGAGUAUGCCAAGCAGUUGAUUGAGAAUUUGGAGCUGUAUUUCACUACAUCCAUCGUCGGUCAAUUCGAAACUCGAGUUGCCCUUUUGCGCCAGCUCCUCAGCCACUUGAAUUUGCUGACAUGCGAUUACCCUGUCCUGAGUGUGAUAAGUGUUGCGAUGACCAACUUUCUGCAAUACUACUCGAGAUAUGAAACGCCGGCCCGAGAGGCAAUUCAGAAGGGUCAGGUGCCAAUCGUGAAGAAGAUGAAGGAUGUUCUUCUCAUGGCCAGUUGGAAGGACACCAACAUCAACGCUCUUCGGGAUAGUGCUCAGAAAUCUCACAAGAAGCUCUUUAGACUAGUUCGCAAGUUUCGAAGUGUCUUGGGUCAGGAGAUGAAGACGAUCAUUUCUCAAGGCCUCCCCGAUGAGGACGUUGUCCCAGCAGCAAAAGGCGACCCAGUGCCCUUUGACUCCGGAAUGCAAGACAUCAGUGUUGCACCUCUGGUCGAAUCUUUGCCUGGGUGGCUAGAAGAACAUACGAGACUGCACAACCUGUCCAGGACUGUCUCGAUAAUGAGGAAAAUUACCUACAGUCCUGAAGUGUCGAGCAAUGUCGCCGUCCUGCUCUCGGAUUUUGUUGCCGAACUCAACGCAUCCAUGGCCGAACUGCGGAAGGAGACACCAUGCACCCUUACGGAGGAGACCAAGAUUCAGAUCAAGCAUCUCAAGACGAGGAAACGCAAACUCUUUGCCGAUACGCUACGUGACCUACGAGCUAUGGGGUUGCAGCACAACUUGUCGGGGGACAGACUGGUGCAGCAGAGUACCCUUGCUGCGAUCCUUUCGAAAAUAUCGCCAUCCAGUCCUGCCAAGACUGGAGCAGAGAAGGACGCUGAGUAUUUCUUACACAAGACUCUGGAUCUCGCUCCUAGAGCCAGGGACGCUGCCCGUGAGCACUCUGAAGAUCUCACUGGUGCCGAGGUGGCGAGAAGUGUUGGGUUUAUGGAAGGCUUGAUUAGUUUCAGCCUGUCGCAACGCCAGCACCUUGGCGCCACAGCCAAGUCCCAUGAGUCUUUGCAGAAGGCCAUUGAUCAGUUCAAGCAGCUGGGAGAGUUUUCAAAGAACGACAGGUUGGUGCAUAAUAGUCGGGACUACAAUUGGCGACGUCUGUUACCAUGGCUUGAGCACGGUAUCGAAUAUGCUGCUCUACUUAUUGAAAUCCAUGGAAAGCUCGGCAAGGUCGACAACCAAGUUCCGAUUGACGGCUUGAGGAGAUGGGCUGAACGUCUCAAAACACGAUCGACCGCUGCCAGUAACCUUCCCACUCUCCCUCCUCGUAUCAGCUCCACCGCUCAUGACAAGUUGAAUGAAGAUGUUCUCGCAGAUCUGAAGGAAAUAGAUGAAGACAUCACUAAACUGGCCGAUGCCCGCCCCGAUUUGGGGUUCUGCCUCGGCUAUCUCAAAGUUGGAAUAGAAGCCGAGUUCACAGGCAUUGACAUGUCUAGCAAGAACACCAGACUGAGCGAGUUCGCUGACGCCAUCUCCAAGCUGACGGACACGGUUCUUGUCGCCAUGGAGCGUGCUAAGAAGCUCGGCAUUGUCAUUCCCAGGGACCCUGCCGAGCCAGGUUGGCUUAGCAAACAUAGCGAUGCUUUCUUCUCCAUGAUGCAUCAGUUGCACAUGAAAAAGGUGGAGCGAACUGUUCAGGGCUGUGUCGAGAUGAUUCAGCAGCUUCAGCUUGACGAUCCGGAGAUCAGCUCGGCAGCAAUGUGUCUUGUUGGCCUCGCCGCCCCAGUUUUAAAUCAGUUUGACGCUCUUUGCUCGAGAUUGAUUGAUCAAGGACAGGAAUUACAUCGCGCCACAGCCCACAUGUCAUACAAUCUUACCAAGGCGUUCAGUCAAAUCGCUUCGCAAGGCUUCUGCACUCCAAACGAAACGUCUGAGGAGUCGUCGGGCGCUGAGGGGCAGCUGGAGGCUGGCACAGGCCUAGGUGAUGGUGAUGGUGCUGAAGAUAUCAGCAAGGACAUCCAACCCGACGAGGACUUGACUGAGCUAGCUCAAGAAGCGAACAAGGAACAAAAUGCUGAUAUGGAAGACGAAAAGGAUGCGGUAGACAUGGCAGACGAGGACCUGGAAGGGGAAAUGGGAAGCGUCGCUGGCCAAGAUGAGGAGGACGAAGGUUCCCAGAAGGGCGACGAAGAGAAGGACGACAUGGAUGAAGAGGCCGGUGAUGUCGACGACCUUGACCCGACGGCCGUUGACGAAAAGAUGUGGGACGGCAAGGAUGACCAAGAGGCGGAGAAAGACCAAAAAGGAAACGAAGCAAAGGGCCAGCAGCAAGAUGAUGAACAGGUGGCUGGAGAAGAAGAGACAAAACAAGAGCGGGAGAAGCAGAGCCACGAAGACGUUCAGGACGAGGAAGAGCGGCAAGGUGAUGAAGAAGAAUCAGAGGACGAUGAUAUUCACGCUCAGGAAGAACUCAACCGUCAGGACCAAAAUGUGCAAGAGCAAAGCGCGCUCGAUCUUCCAGAGGAUAUGGAGUUGGAUUUUGAGGACAAUGACGCGGUUUCGGACAGCGAUGAAGCCGAUGAUCUUCCAGACGCUAAUGAAGCAGCCGAUGAAGUUGAAGAACCACCUGCGGAUGCUGGCGAAGACGACGAGAAGAUGGAAGAUGACGAAGACCAAGGACUGCAUGACAAGGAAGACGAAGAAGACAAAACCAGUCAAGACGAAGAAGGCGAGGGGGAAGUAGUCGCUGGCGCGGAAGAAGUGACGGAAGAAGUGAAGGAAGAAGUGGACUCAGGCGCAGAUAAUGACGCAGGUGACGAGGGAGAGGAAGAGAACCCAGCUCCAGUUUCUCAGCUGCCGCAGGACCGUGCCAACACUGACGUGGAUGAUGCCGCUCCGAGUGACGCGAAAAAUUCGAGCACGACCCAAGAUCAACAGGCCAUGGAUAUCGACGACACGUUCGAGGCUCAGGCAGCGCAGCAGGAGCAGGGGGAGAUGGGAGAUGGGGACGCGGAUCAAGAUGCCAGCGCAGGCACCAGAGGAGGGACCUCUCGAUCGAACGAAAACAAUGAAAAGCCCCAGCAGAACAAGGACGAGGAAGAAGCAGCAAGAAGCGAUCCGUUCCGAAAACUAGGCGAUGCGCUGGAAAAAUGGCACCGGCAAAAUGCAGAUAUCUUGCAGGCGAAUCAGGAAGAUGCCCCAGAUCAACGAGGGGACGAUCAAACGGACGCAGAGCAAAGACGGCAAGAAUUCCAACAUUUACAGAACGACGAUGCAGCUGCAGACACUCAGGCUAUGGGGACCGCCGCCGAGGAUGAGGUCCAGCCGAUUGAUGAGACAAUGGCUGUGGAUGACCGAGGGACUGGGGAGGAUCCCAAUGCUCACCGCAUGGAGGAGGAUGCAGACGACGAAGCUGUAGAGAGCGCAGACAAGGUGGACAUGGACGACGUGGCAGAGGCACGCGAAACGGAAGCGACGGAGCUGGACGGGGUCCGCACUGGCGUUCAAACUCGACAGGGCAACUACAACCAGGAAGACUCGGCGUCGGAAGCAGACGCGGAUCUUUCGCAAGAAGUUGGGCAUGACGGGCCGAUUGAAGAGACGUCGGAACAGCUAUCGUCGACUCACCUGUCCAACGAGGCGCGGGGACUCCGCGACUACGGAGAGUGCGUCCAUCAGUGGAGCGAAUUUCAACGCAAAUCUCAUGCACUCUCACUGGCGUUGACGUCCCAACUACGGCUUAUCCUCACCCCGUCGCAAUCGACCAAGCUGUCUGGAUCCUUCCGGACGGGAAAACGCUUGAACAUCAAGCGCAUCAUUCCAUACAUAGCAUCCAGCUACAAGCGUGACAAGAUAUGGAUGCGGCGAGCGAUUCCGACGAAGCGCACGUACCAGAUCCUGGUUUGCGUCGACGACAGCAAAAGCAUGGGGGAGUCGUCUUCGGGAAGGCUGGCCAUGGAGUCGCUCGUCAUGGUGUCUCGCUCACUGAGCAUGCUGGAAGCUGGUCAGGUCGGCGUUGUCGGCUUCGGCGCGGACGUCUUCACGGCCCACGAGCUCACGGAACCGUUCGCAUCGGACGCGGGCGCCAAGGUGCUGCAAAAGUUCUCCUUUGGCCAGGACAAGACCGACAUUGCUCUGCUGAUACGCCAGACGAUUGACAAGUUCCGCCAAGCCAGGGACCAAAGCGGCGGCUCUUCGGAUCUGUGGCAGCUGGCUCUGAUCUUGUCGGAUGGCCUGACUCCCUCUUCGGCGCACGACCCGAUCCGCAGGCUGCUGCGGGAGGCCAUGGAAGAGAGGAUCAUGGUGGUCUUUAUCAUCAUGGACGACACGGGGAAGAGGAAGGGCGACAGCGUGCUUGAGCUCAAGGAGGCCAAGUUUGUCAAGGGGGACAACGGGGAGAGCCGGGUUGUGAUUGAGAGAUACCUGGACACGUUUCCGUUCCAGUACUAUCUGAUUGUGCACAAUCUGGAGGAGCUGCCCACGGCGCUGGCGGGCUUGUUGAGGACAUGGUUUGCAGAAGUAGCGUCGUGA